GAUAGUGUUAUCGAUGAUUCUCUAAUUCUAGAACGACGCAUGUUAAUUAACAUUCCCGCAGUUUUAAAGUAAAUUUUAAGCGCAACGAAGAAAAGAUAAAAAGACGCUCUAAAAUUACACAAACUUAAGUUAAAAAUGGAAGUGAAGUCAGCAACCGAAAAGGACGCCUGUCCACAGGAGUCGCUUACCAAUACGCCAGUGGCAAAGAACACACGCCGAGCUACGCGUUUGAAAUCCUGCGAUGAGGAGCUGCAACCGAAAACGCCAAAUGCAUCAACAUCAAUGCGGCUGCUCAGCGAGAUGCCACGGCGCAGUGCGCGCAAAAGCGUUCGUCCUCCCAUGGACUAUGAGGACAUUAUCAAAAAUAAUUUAAUGCGUUCAGCACGCAAGGAUAACAACAAUAAAACAGUUAUCGAUGCUGAUGUCGAAACUGAGGCUGCUCCUGAGGAGGAGACCCACAAGUGGCAAGCUGCCGAAGGUGGUCGUGCUGCGCGCAAUCGCGGCCGCAAAGCAAAGCGUACGGCAAACAAAAAAGCAAAAUUGCAGCAGGAGGAAGAACAGGCAACUGAGGCAGCGGAUGAAGAUAAUGCAGAGGAUAAUGAGGUGGAAAUAGAGGUACCUACUGUUGAGUUGGUGCCGUCAGCUAAGAAGCUAUCCAGUGCAACAAAAACUGCAUCUAAAGUUGCAGAUGCAACUUUGGAAAUAGAAGCUGAAGAGGCAGUCAAAGCUGCAACUGUUAUCGAAGAGAAGGAGGAAAUCGAGGAACCUACUGCUGAGCUGGUGCCAUCAGCUAAGAAGCAAUCCAGUGCGACAAAAGCAGCAUCUAAAGUUGCAAAUGCAACUUUGGAAAUAGAAGCUGAAGUGGUAGUCAAAGCUGCAACUGUUAUCGAAGUUGAGGAGGAAGAAACAGCUGCAAUUGUUCCUGAAGUUGAAGUGAUCGAAAUUGAGGAAGAAGAAACAGCUGCAAUUGUUCCUGAAGUUGAAGUGAUCGAAGUUGAGGAAGAAGAAACAGCUGCAAUGGUUCCUGAAGUUGAAGUGAAAGAAAAACCUGAAACUGUCACUGAAGCUAUACUAGAGACUGUCCCCGAAGAUGAAGGAACAGAUGAAGUUGCAGGUGAAGAAAAAGCUUCAACUGCUCUCGAAGCAGCAGAAACUUUGACUGUUCAUACAGCUGAAGUAAUUGUAAUGCCUUCAACUGUUCAUGAAGUCUGCCUCGAUCAAUCCCUGGAAGUUCUGCCCGCUGGAGUUACUGCCGAGGUCAUGAAUGAUCUGGGUUUGUCUCCACUGAAAAAACAAGAUGAGGUCGUCAAGCAGGACGAUGAUGAUGUCGAGGAAAUGCCUUCGUUAAUUGUGCUCGACGAUGAGGAUCCUGCCGAGGAGCAAAACAGAACCUUCGAGAUCGAAGAAUCACCAGAAAAACAACCUGAUGAGUUGCCACACUCGCAGUUCUUGGAUAUUGAGAUGCCCACGUUGCAAAUGUCGCCAGAGGUUGGCAUUAAAGUGGUGUUGACCGAUGAGAAUGAUGAGAACACAACGAUCUUGAAGGCGAUGGGUACACCGAAGAGCAGCAAGUCGAAGGCAUACAAGUUUCCCACACCAUUCAAGUCCACAUCAAAGAUGAAUCUUAAUUUCACCGAUGUGAAGAGCACCAUCAAGAAAAAGAUCUUGAAUGCAGACGCUUCUCGCAGCAGCAGACGUUCCAAGUCUGUCUGUGAUCUAACACAGGAGCAUACAAAAACUGUCUCCUUUUACAGUCCCAUCGAAGUGUCCACAGUCAGCGACAUUGACAAGCGCUGGGAAGAAGAAUUCAAUUUCAGUCAUGUCACACAGCGCCGCAAACGCUCUAAGUCUGUGGAUGCUCCUAUUAUCAACAGUAAGAUUCCCCUGCCAAAGUUCUAUGGCAUAACCAAGGCAUCGCCGAUGCCUGUUAAAUUGAAAGCGCGCACUAAAUUGCCCAAUUUUGCGGCCAUACAUCAGAAGCACUUUAGCAAAAUGGAAAAUCUGGUGGAUCACAUUGAGCGCAAGGCGGUGCGUGCCAAGGAGCUGACAUCCUCGGCCAAGAAGCUAAUACCAGGCAACUCUUCAGCCAAGAAGUUGCCAACAAAUAGCAGCAAAUUGACCUCCGAUGAAGCACGUCCAAAAGCUAUAAAGAAUAUCGGCACGUUGAUGACGCCGAUGAAGCCUGAGGAAGCGGAGAGGAAAAGGAAGCUACCCACGCCACGCAAUAUUAUGGUUGUACAGCCACAACAAGUGGUGACAUCAUCUCGCUUGCCUUUGUUGACCAAACCGGCGGCCACAAAGCCCAAGAUCAUCACAACAGCAGCUACUAGCGUUGUUCCAAGCAACGCUGCUAAAAAGCCUGAAAUGGCUGCUUCAGCAAUUGUGAAAAAUAAAUUGGAAGAACGUCGCAAGCGGCAUAUGGAAAUGUUCAAGGGUCGCACAACCAAGGAGAACCGAAGCGAUCUAAUCCGUGGCGUUCGUUCGAAUCGUCGCUUUGAGCUCCAAAUGGAGCAUCGUCGACAGAUGAACGAAAACAAAUCUUAAAACUCUUUAUUCAUAUUGUUGUCAUAUUUAAACUAAUUGUGUACGUUUUAUAACAUUUCUAAUUUUGGGUGGUCUGUUAAAAGAGUUAUCUAUCACCUUUGCUAAGACAAAAAGGCAAUUAUUAUCAUACUUAACUUUAAAUAAAUACAUUUUCAUUUUAC